GUUUUUUCCCACCCAUCUACUGUUCCAGAAAAUUUUCAUUUGGCAACACUGCUAACUUGACGAAUUUGUCAUUUGUCAACAAAGGUUUGCCGCUUCUUUCGUCAACCGUCGACGUUUUAAGGGUGCAUCAUGGCGUCUUCAGAAAGUGCUGGUGUGACUGUAGGUCAGCCAAAUUUACAUAAACAAGAUUUAUCUAAAUUGGAUGUAACAAAACUAACCGCUUUAUCUCCUGAAGUAAUAAGCAGACAGGCUACUAUAAAUAUAGGCACAAUUGGUCAUGUAGCCCAUGGAAAAUCCACGGUUGUGAAAGCCAUCUCUGGAGUGCAGACUGUCAGAUUUAAAAAUGAAUUGGAAAGAAAUAUUACCAUUAAAUUGGAGAAACUCCAGUUCGAUAGAAAUGGUACAGUAAUCACAUGGCCCAAAAAACUGAAAGGAAAAAAAAUUAAUCUAAAACAAGCACUUGAGGAUUGCGAAAAUUUCACUGAUCAACCAAAGGGUGUAAAACGAAAAUAUGAGCAGUUAAGAAAAGUUAGACCAAAUCGAGAGAAGCCCACAUAUUCCAGAGAAUUUAGUGUAGAGAAAAUUUUAGCCCAAGAAUAUGAUAUAGCAACAAAAACUAUUAUGUUUUUAGUAAAAUGGGAGGGAUACCCUAAAGAACAAAGCACAUGGGAACCUUUAGAUCAUUUAAAACAUUCACCUUUAGUUUUGACUCAGUUUUUAGCUGAAAGUUUGGGUUCACAAGUACUUGAUACUUUAUGUGAAAAAUUAAACAUUUCUAAUAAAUUGACUGAUCAACAAUUACUUGAAUCCUUAAAGAUUGAUAAUCUCGAUAAUCUCCCUGAUAAGUUACAUCUACAAGCUAAAUUAUUAGGGUUAAUAGCAACUCCCCCAAAAGAAAGACAUAUUCACAAAUUAGAGGAAGGUAAAAAAGCUAUAUUAAUGUAUCAAUUGGUAUUGAAGAGGGAGCAGCAAGUUAAACAAUUAACAGGUUGGGAAAAUACUAUUAACAUGAUGGAUAAAGGGGAAGCUAUAAUAACUGUAGAAAACACUGUUGAUUUGGAAGGACCACCAGAUGGAUUUACUUACAUAAAUGAAUAUGUAGCCACUAAUGGAAUAGAAAUCCCUUAUCAGCCAGACUCUGGUUGUGAUUGUGAAGAAUGUGGACCAAAAUCAAAGGGGUGUUGUGGGCGACAGCCCUAUAAUGGCUUUACUUUUAAAGGAAGAUGUAGGAUCAAUGUUAAUCCUGGGAUUGCAGUUUAUGAAUGUAAUAAAAAAUGUAAAUGUAGUGAAGAUUGUAGAAAUAGAGUUGUACAAAAUGGUCGUAAAGUACCACUUUGUAUUUUUAGAACUGCUAAUGGCUGUGGCUGGGGUGUAAAAGCCAUGAGAAAAAUUCACUGUGGAGAGUUUGUUUGUGAAUAUGUUGGGGAGGUUAUUACCCAUGAAGAAGCGGAGGUAAGAGGACGUACUUAUGACGAGGAAGGCAGAACUUAUUUAUUUGACUUAGAUUAUAAUUCAAAAGACAACCCUUAUACUGUGGAUGCAGCUAAAUAUGGCAAUAUUUCCCAUUUCAUCAAUCAUUCUUGUGACCCGAAUUUAGGAGUUUAUGCAGUUUGGAUCAAUUGUUCUGAUCCAAAUUUGCCACGAUUAGCGCUGUUUGCACUCAGAGAGAUAGAGCGAUAUGAAGAAGUGACUUUUGAUUAUAUGAUGAAUAUAGAUCCAGUGGUACCAACUACACCAGAAAAAGCUAGAUUUUUACAUACUCCUGAUAAAAAUCAACUAAUUCAGAAUGGUAGAAGUAUUUGCAAAUGUGAAACUGAUUCUUGUCGAAGAUAUUUGUUUUAACUGAAAAAGGGGAUUUUAGUAUAGCCGUUGAAAACAUACUGAAAGCUUUUUUCAAUUUUAAUACUACAAUUUUUUAAAAGAAUAUAUUUUCACUGCCUUACUGUAUUGUUUUAAAACUAAUGACUGUAUGAUAUUUUUAACAUUAGUUAUAUUAAAUAUGCUACUGUUUAUAGAAUAUUAUUAAAAAUAAUAAUUAGAGAAUUUUUUUAUAGUAUUUAACUUACACUAGAAAUUCUCCUAAUCUCACAAAUCAUAUUUUUGUUCAAUUUAAUGUUGUUUUGUGAUUUGUUCACUAUUAAAAAUAUCAAUGAUCAUAAAAAAUUUGUAUGUUAGACAUUUUAGUUGUUUUUUAUGUAAAAAACGACUAAUAAGACUUUUUAGUUUAAUUUAGUUAGUCAUUUUAAUAUAACCAAUGUUACUAUGUCAU